GACGUACAUAAAUAUGGAUUAUGUCAACUUUAUCGAAUUUCUUUCCUUCACCGCUACAGCUUCAACAAUUGGGAUGUUUUUGUGUGGAAUUCAGAUUUGUACAAGAAUACACAGAAGAGGUUCAACAGAAGGAACAGGCGUUGCUCCCUUCUUUUUAACUUCAGUCAGUUGUAUUUGUUGGCUAGGAUAUGGAAUUCUUAAAAAAGACCAAACAAUUAUUUUUGUGAAUGGAAUUGGUUUGAUUUUCCAAACAGUUUAUCUGGCUUAUUAUUAUAUGAAGACUAGACUAAAGAAUAGAUUAAGACAUUUAAUCCUCAUUGAAUUCUUCAUUGCUAUUUUAACUACAAUUUUAAUUAAACAUCAAUCUUUUAGUCUUAAUCUAAAAGAAAAUAUUCUUGGUAUAAUUUGUAUGCUUUUAAACAUUGCAACAAUCGCUUCUCCACUUGCUGAUAUUGGACAAAUAAUUAGAUCAAAAAGCACAGAAUCUUUACCUUUUAUGUUAUGUUUGGCAAAUAUGACUGUUUGUCUUCAGUGGUUACUUUAUGGUUUUUUGGUUGAUGAUCUUUACAUGAAGGUCCCAAAUUCAAUUGGAACAAUCAUUUCUUCAGUGCAACUUUCCCUUUUUGUGAUUUAUCCUCGUACCUACAAAGUUCUUGUUGUUAGAAAAUCGAACGUUUAG